AUGGUCCAGGACCGGCGACAGGCCGUCACCAAGCCUGUCCCGGCGUCACGUGUGGUCCCAAAGCCCGUCCCACAAGCACAGGCACAGGACCCUCGCCAGUUCCAGCUGGGGCAGAUCAGGAGGCGCUUCUCUCCCUCGGAGCAGGUCGCUCAGGGGUACGAGGGGGAAGCAACGUUGCUCAGGUUCAACCUCAUCCCAUCAGACCCCGACUUCCCCUUCGAGAUGACGGCGCUCAACUGCCAGCUCUUUGUACCCACUGGAUAUCCGGUGUCCAAACCAUGGCUAAGGGUUGGAAACAAGGACAUCCCGAGGGGAUUCGCCCUCAACGUCGAAUCUGGUUUUGAUGGCUUGGUCAAGGACAAGCCCGAGGCAACCCUGCUGGAGUUGAUGAAGGCUCUGGACAAGAACCUAGAGGUCUUCCUGUCCGCCCCAAAAGCGGAGACGGUGAAGUUGGUGCCGAACAAAGAUACUCGCCAUCUAUCAGCCCUCCCUUCAAGGUCCGUGGAGCCAGUAGCAGGUCCAACCCGGAUCGAGGGGAAACUCGCCGCGUCCGAGGUCGAAGCUCAGCCGAGGGUGGAACCAGCUGAGGUCUUCACGACAGAGCAGAAGUCGCAAGCGUCACAGAAGAGGGAGGCAGAGACCAGGCAGCUGGAAGCACGGAUGGGACGGUUACCCCUGUUCAAGAAAUCAGGUGAUGGGAUAGCUUAUACGAUCCCCGUUGAGCCGCGACGACGUUCCGAACUCCCAGUUGCUCUACAGGCAGUGAAGUCAGUGCAGCUGUUCGUCCCACUACUGUACCCUCUGCAACCAUGCCGGAUCCGCCUGGAUGCGGUCGACCCCGCUGAAUCAAAGCCUGUUGAGACGGGGUUUGAACAGAGGGUCGCGGGACAGAAAGAUGUUACUCUGAUGGGUCAUAUCAACUAUCUCGCCCAGAAUAUGCACAUCUUAGCAAAGACCGUUCUGGUAUCUGAACAGAAGCCGGCACCUCCCUCUGUUCAGCCGGCACAAGCAGAGGUCGCUCCCACCAACAAGGGGAAGGAAGUCGACGGACAGCAAGAUCCCGAACGAAGCCACAUCCAAUAUAUCACUCGACCACCAGAAUGGACUGUCGAUCCUGACGAUGUCUCAGAUUCCGACUCCGACUCCGACUACUCGUAUGACACAGAGUCAUCGGAGGGAGGGGUUGAAGUUGAAGCCGAGGAUCAGCAACCUUCUCAAACCCCUCAGAACCCAGAGCGGGGGACAGCAAUCUCAUUCCCGCUUAUUGAGUUGUACGGCAUUGAGCUCUUGGAGGUCGUCACGUUGAAUCUGUCGGUGAAGUGUGAGAGGUGUAAGGAGGUCAUGGAGAUCAACGGGUUGAAGAACGGGAUCACAAAGUCUGAGAGCUGUAGGAAAUGCGCGACUGCGCUUGUAGCGACGUAUAGGAGGGAGCUCGUCCACGCCAAUGCAGUACGAGCUGGGUUUCUCGAUCUUGAGGGAUGUGUGGUUGUUGAUAUGCUACCUAGUACAUUCAUCCCCACCUGUUCCCAAUGCUCCACCCCCUUCCCACUACCCGGAAUAGUCACCAUCCGUGGCGAAACAACACGCAACGUCUGCCACACCUGUCACCAAAAGCUCACCCUCACCAUCCCCCAAAUCCGCUUCCUGCACAUCACCUCCUCCCGGCUCCCCCCCUCCUCGGGCCCUCGGCGCAAGCCUGAAAAGCUCGGGAUCACUCCGGGCACCGAACUACCGCGGCGCGGGCGCUGCCGGCACUACUCGAAAAGCUACCGCUGGUUCCGGUUCAGCUGCUGUCAGAAGGUGUACGCGUGCGACAAGUGCCACGACGAGAAGGAGGCGCAUCCGAACGAGUGGGCGAACCGCAUGAUCUGCGGGUGGUGCUCCAGGGAGGGCAAUUAUAGACCGCAGGACUGCGGGGCGUGUCAUAUGCUGCUGGUGGGGAAGAAAGGGGGAGGGGGGUUCUGGGAAGGGGGGAAGGGGACGAGGGAUCGGGUGAGGAUGAGUAGGAAGGAUAAGAGGAAGUUCCGGAGACCGGUGGGGGAUAAGAUCAAAACUGUUUGA